AUGGAACAGACACCGUGGAGGAAAGAAGAAGAUGACAAGAAGGAGAAGAAAGACGAAGAGGUGGUGCACCUCCGGAGAGAGAUUGGUCUGCUGCCUGCUGUGUCCUUCAUCAUCGGUACAGUGGUGGGCAGUGGGAUCUUCAUCGCACCCAAAGGAGUCCUGAUGAAUAGUGGCAGCGUGGGGCUCUCUCUGCUGGUGUGGAUGCUGUGUGGGGUCCUCUCUUUGUUCGGGGCCCUGUGCUAUGCUGAACUAGGUACCACUUUUAAAAAAUCCGGGGGUCACUACACAUAUCUGUUAGAGACCCUGGGGCCGCUGCCUGCCUUCUUAAGAAUCUGGGCGGAGUUCUUAUUCAUUAGGCCAGCUGUGGCUUCCUAUGUGUCCCUGGCUUUUGGUCGCUACGUGGUGGAGCCGUUCUUUGUACCAUGUGCUGCUCCCACAGUGCUGAUCAAACUGGUCAGCAUCCUCGGAGUGACAUUUGUGGUAGCGAUCAACUGCUGGAGUGUGUCCAUGGCCUCUCGAACACAGGUUACCUUGACUUUCAUUAAGAUGUUUGCCCUGGUCCUCAUCAUCAUUCCUGGUGUCAUCGCACUGGCCAAAGGAAAGACAGACAAUUUCCAGAAUGGUUUUGAGGUUGACUCGUUUACAUUGGACAAGAUACCACUGGCCUUCUAUAAUGGCCUAUAUGCCUACGGUGGAUGGUUUUAUCUGAACUUUGUCACAGAAGAGGUCAUUAACCCAAAUAGAAACCUCCCGCUGGCGAUAAUCUGCUCCAUGGUGACAGUGACAGUCUUCUAUGUGCUUGUUAAUGUCGCCUACUACACCAUGAUGACUCCCGCCGAGCUGCUGCUGUCUGAUGCUGUAGCUGUGACAUUUGCCAACCGUGCACUCCAGGGUUUGGCCUCUGUUAUUCCCAUUCUUGUGUCCCUAUCCUGCCUUGGAGCACUUAAUGGUGGCUUCUUUGGAUCGCCCAGGAUGCUGUUUGUGGGUGCCAGGGAGGGUCACUGGCCACCCAUCUUUUCCAUGAUUCACAUCCGCAGACAUACACCUUUACCUGCUGUGCUGCUACUGUACCCCUUGGUGGUGUUGAUGUUAAUCACCGGAGAAAUCUUCCAGCUCAUCAACUUUGCCUCCUUCGCUCGCUGGUUCUUCAUCGCCUUGGCAACCUUGGGGAUGCUCAUCCAUCGAUAUCGUUUCCCCCUCCAGCCAAGGCCUUUCAAGGUGCCACUGGCCAUUGCAGUCAUCUUCACAGUGGUAUGCUUCUUCAUCGUGGGUCUGUCUCUGUACUCGGACCCCUGGAACACAGGGUGGAGCUGUCUCCUCACACUGACUGGCGUCCCAGUUUACUACCUGACCAUCCACAGCUAUCGCUUGCCCCAUAGAUGGAGACACAUCUUCAACUACUGCAGCAAGCAGCUACAGAUCCUCUUUGAAGUGGCUCAACAGGAGGUCAAGACAUACUGA